CGUGGCUGCAGGAAGCCAGCGAGUGAGGGAGGGGAGGCGAGGCGAGGCAGCGCCGGCGGAACAGGGCGCUGCUGCUACUCCUGCUCCUCACUCUCUCCGUCCCAACAUGUGUCACCGCCGCUGAUCGGACAUGGAGCUCUUCCAAGCCAAGGACCACUACAUCUUGCAGAGCGGCGAGAAGGCGCUCUGGUGCAGCCGAAAGGAUGGCUCGUUACAAGUUCGCCCCGCCACUGAUUUGCUGCUGGCCUGGAACCCUAUUUGCUUAGGUCUGGUGGAGGGAGUGAUUGGGAAGAUUCAGCUUCAUACAGAUUUUGCAUGGCGGCUCCUUCUAAUUCGCCAGAAAGCACUGGUUGGAAAGCUUCCAGAGGACCAUGAAGUUUACAAAAUAACCAAGAUAGCAGUGAUCCCACUUUCAGAAGCAGAACCUCAGGAUUUGGAAUUGGAGCUCUGCAAGAAACAUCAUUUUGGUAUAAACAAAACUGAGAAGAUUACCCAGUCUCCAGAUGACUCCAAGUUUUUGCUCAAGACAUUUAGUCAAAUGAAGUGUAAUGUGGCUGUUCCAAUCAAGAAAAAGGCUAAAGAAAACAAAGAAAAGGAGCGCCUGGAACGAAGGUUAUUGGAUGAGCUUAUCAAGAUGUUUAUGGAUUCUGAUUCAUUUUAUUACAGCCAGAGUUAUGAUCUUACAAAUUCGAUACAGAGACAGAGUUCUUCAGAGACGAACAAUGCAUCAUUGUGGCGAAGGGUUGACGAUAGAUUUUUCUGGAACAAAUACAUGAUGGAUGAUCUGAUCCAGUUAAAUGAUCCUAAAGCAGAUUUCUGGAUUGUUCCAAUAAUCCAAGGUUUUGUGCAGAUUGAAGAACUGGUUGUCAAUUACAGUGAAUCCUCGGAUGAUGAAAAGAGCAGUCCUGAGACCCCGUCACAGGAGCACUGUGUGGAUGAUAUCUAUCCAAGGUUUAUAGUGGCAAUUAUUUCGAGGAGGAGUCGGCACAGAGCAGGAAUGCGCUAUAAACGCCGGGGUGUGGAUGAGAAUGGAAACGUGGCAAACUAUGUGGAGACGGAGCAGCUAAUCCACGUCCACAGUCACACGCUGUCAUUUGUCCUUGCCCGUGGAUCAGUGCCUGUGUUUUGGAGUCAGAUUGGCUAUCGGUAUAAUCCUCGUCCACGACUAGACAAACCUGAGGAGGAGACAGUCAGCAAGUUUGCAGCACACUUUGAGGAGCAACUGCAGAUCUAUAAGAAGCAGGUUAUUGUCAGCCUGGUAGAUCAGACUGGAAGGGAGAAAAUAAUUGGAGAUGCUUUUCUUCGACAUGUUCUGCUCUACAACAACUCAAACCUCACCUAUGUGACUUUUGAUUUCCAUGAACACUGUCGAGGAAUGAAGUUUGAAAACGUGCAGACCCUUACAGAUGCCAUCUCUGACAUCAUCACAGACAUGAAAUGGGGCUGGGUUGACCAAGCUGGAGAGAUUUGCAAGCAAGAAGGAAUCUUCAGGGUGAACUGUAUGGACUGUUUGGAUCGGACGAAUGUGGUUCAAGCUGCAAUUGCUCGAGUGGUCAUGGAACAGCAGCUGAAGAAACUGGGAGUGAUGCCGCCUGAGCAGCCGCUGCCUCCAAAGUGCUAUCGGAUUUAUCAGAUCAUGUGGGCUAACAAUGGAGAUGUCAUUAGCAGGCAGUACGCUGGGACAGCUGCUUUAAAGGGUGACUUCACAAGAACUGGAGAACGAAAGUUUGCAGGAAUGAUGAAAGAUGGUUAUAAUUCUGCCAAUCGAUAUUACCUCAAUCGGUUCCGUGAUGCAUACAGACAGGCGGUCAUAGAUCCAAUGCAGGGCAUCCCAGUGACUGAAGAUCUCUACUCCAUCUUCAGCAAGGAGAAAGAGCAUGAAGCCUUGCACAAACGGAAUCGGAGGAGCCACCAAGAGCAGAUCAGCUUCCUCUUGCAAAAUUACAUGAAACUAUUGUUACCAGACAAUGAGAAAUUCCAUGGGGGCUGGUCUCUGAUAGAUUGCGAUCCAAGCCUUAUUGAUGCCACUCACAGAGAUGUUGAUGUUCUGCUUCUCCUCUCCAAUUGUGCCUACUAUGUUGCCUACUAUGAUGAUGAAGUUGAAAAAGUGAACCAGUAUCAGAGACUGAACUUGGAGGAUUUGGAGAGGAUUGAAAUCGGACCAGAGCCCACUUUAUUUGGGAAGCCCAAGUUUAAUUGUAUGAGACUCCAUUACAAGCACAACGGAAUUAGCGGGUACUUCCACACAUUGAGAGCUGUGACUCGAAACCCUGAGGAAGAUGGAAAAGACACCCUACAGUGCAUUGCAGAAAUGUUGCAGCUUACAAAGCAGGGCCUUGGAAUAGAUGUGCCAAUUCUGGAGAAGAAGUUGGAGAGGAAGCGCAGUAAGCCACAUGAAGACAUCCUUGGGAUUCAUUCCAAAAGUCGGGUAACAAGCAGUACAAGCUUAACCCAAGGCAAGAACUUUCUUAUCAACAAGUUUUCUUCCUUUAACCAGAAAGUCAAACAAACCAAAUCCAAUGUGACCAUUGGAAAUUUGCGGAAACUGGGCAACUUUUCAAAACCGGACGUCAAGGUUAAUUUCUUAAAACCAAAUCUACGGGUGAACCUGUGGAAAUCGGACAGUAGUCUGGGGAGCUCGGAUUCCCCUGUGGCUGUCAAAGAGGAAACUGAUUCGGAUCUUGAGAUCUCUUCUGAUACGGACUCUUAUGAAUCUGAUGGCUAUCUCUCCAAUUCCAAAUCAGAUGAAGAAUGCCAGCUCUCGGACGCUGAAGAUGUCGGACAGUGCGACUACGUGCUUCCCAGCUGCGGCAUUGUCGCCACUGGACCUCGUUCACGGCUAAGCAGCCGAUCACAUUCGAUCGGUAGCACAGAUUUUAACAUUCCGCACAAUACUUCAGAAAUCCACUUAACUCAGAAUAAUCCUGAACACCAGGGUGAAGUUCUGAUAAAUGCACGGCCUUCUGAUGCAGCACCAACUGCUGACGAGGAUGUCCUUGUUGAUUUCAACACUCCCAUUGACGCCUAUUGUCACCAGUUUUUAGAAGAUGCACAGAAUAAAUCUCCGGACGUUAGUGUUGCAGAUCUGGAUUUCCAUCAGAAGCAGCAAGAACAAAGCAACAGUGGCUCUGAAGUAACAUCCAACGUUAAGGCAGAAGAAACUGAGAUGCAUUUACCAAGACCCUCCAAGCUGGACGUAUCCUCGGCUAGCUCUCGCCUACCCCUUCUUUCAGUGGAACCUCCGGACAAUCCAGCCUGUGAGUCCAAUCCAUCUGAAGAGGAGGCUGGGUGUACAGCGUCUUCUCCUUCCCAACCAGAAGAUGCGGGCAGCAGUGCUGUUUCACCAUUCGCUAAGAUCCGAAGUUCAAUGGUCCAGGUAGCAAGCAUGACCCAGGCAGGACUACUCCAGGGGGUAAACUUUGCUGUGGCAAAGGUCCAGCGAACCCCUGAAAAUGUAACGGAGAGUCAGCACCCCCAGUUGAAGGAGAUGUUUUCUCAGUGCCAGACAAGGAUAAUCCAGAUUUAGCCGCUGGUGGUCUCUGAACUUUGUAACCUUGACGAAGGGGAACACUUUUAAGUUAUGAUCGAAGACCAAAAGUCCUUUAAAAUGUAUCUGCAGUUUUGUAUGGAGUCUUUAACAAUGUGGGAUUUGAGGUUUUCAAAUAAUCUGGGUAAUCCUGGAUGUUUGCAUUAAGCUACUGGAGCAGCAACUACUGAGCAGGCCAAUGUGCAAUAUUAAUUAUGGUAGAAUGUAUUAGGCUGGUGGCAAUGUAGUAGCAGUUGAUGACAACUGGCUCGAACCUGCCCUGUUCCAGUUGUUUUUAAUCCAAGUAAACAGGAGUUGUACACUCCACACAACUUAAGUACAUGCCAUACCACACACGUCAGGAGUUCCCUGUCAGUAUGCAUUGUAGUGAAGUGGAAUGGUCAGUGGGAUAAUAACUCGCAUCUUGCCCUAAGAUUGUCUUCACUGCCAUCUGAGAAAACUGACCCCGAAUUAAGUUUUUUUUAAGAAAAAAAGAAAAUCUUAAAUCUAUAUUUUCAUUUUAUGGAACAGCAUCUUUGUGCAGCAAAAGUCUAUUGCAAGGACUUGAAUAUCUCAUGGUUAUUUCACGAUUAUAAGUAUUCUAGAAAUCUGAACUAUUGCAAAAGGUAUUUUUCUGUCUUGCACACAGAAGGGGCAAGAUCCUCAUGAAUGUUAAAAUACAAGUGGUGAAGGGGCCGGAGGAAAUUUUGACUUAAACCUGAUGUAGCAUUAGUACAAUCCUAUAGACAGUGCCUGUGGUUUAUCAUAAAUGUACUGUAGUUAGAUUGUAAACAUGUUAUCUACAGUAGGUUCCCAAUUGUCUUAACUGUGCCCUGAUAUCAGCCUUCGACACAGAAUUUCUAGGUAAAUAAAACUGCCCAUUCCUAUAAUUAAAAUACUUGUUAUUGUAACUUAAAUGUUUUAAUGUGCUUAUUUAUUCAUGUUUUGUCACAGUAGUGUGGUUUCUUUGAUGUGUUGAAAAUAAUGCACAUGCUACAAAAGUAGAUUUGCUCCAGUGUAUUUUGACAGGAGGGAUGAAUAUUAUUUUAAUUAAAAAAAGUUGAAGCAAACCAUCUGUUUCCAUAUUUUUUUUUUCAAAGUGCCAAGCAUCAAAACCAUUGUAUUUGGUUCAUGGCCAUUAUCCUCCGCACUGCAUCUGCCAAAAAUAUUCAUCAUAUGGAAACUGCUGUGUAUUUGAAUCAUGGCAGCAAUAGUGUCGGCUCAGGCAGAAACCUUUUAAAGAUAUCAUUUAGGCUGCUGAUUAAUGAUGAUUUAAUAAAAUCCCUG